AUGUUUCCGAAUGGUAAUUAUAAUGAAAUUAUAUCUGACGGUUUAACAGUUAAAGAAUUAUUUCAAAAUAAUGAUGGUUUAACUUAUAAUGAUUUUAUUAUAUUACCUGGUUAUAUUAAUUUUUCAUCCGAUAAUGUUUCACUUACUGCUAAACUUACAAAAAAUAUUACAAUUAAAACACCAUUUGUAUCAAGUCCAAUGGAUACGGUAUCAGAAUCAACAAUGGCUAUUGCAAUGGCACUUAAUGGCGGAAUUGGUAUAAUUCAUCAUAAUUGCUCAAUUGAUUAUCAAGUAAAUGAAGUAAGACGUGUUAAACGUUAUGAACAAGGUUUUAUAAGUGAUCCACUUGUUCUUUCACCAACACAUACAGUUGCAGAUAUUUAUGCUAUUAAAAAAUUACAUGGAUUUUCUGGAAUACCAGUGACAGAAAGUGGAAAAAUUAAUAGCAAAUUAUUAGGUUUAAUAACAUUUCGUGAUAUUGAUUUUUUAAGUAAAGAUCAAUGGUCAAAUAUACCAAUAAGUCAAGUAAUGACACCAAUUGAUGAACUUAUAACAGCAAAAAAUAAUUUAACACUUAAAGAUGCAUAUCAUAUAUUGCAAAGAAGAAAAUUACCAAUUAUUGAUUCUGAUGGUAAUCUUGUAUCAUUAAUAGCUCGUACUGAUUUAGAAAAAAAUCGUGAUUAUCCAUUAGCAUCAAAAGAUAAACAUGGACAAUUAUUAUGUGGAGCUGCUAUAGGUACACGUAAAGAUGAUGAAAAACGUCUUGAAGCUCUUGCACAAGUUGGUGUUGAUGUUCUUGUACUUGAUUCAUCACAAGGAAAUUCUAUAUAUCAAAUUGAAAUGAUUAAACAUAUUAAAAAUACUUAUCCAAAUAUACAAAUUAUUGCUGGUAAUGUUGUUACACAAGCACAAUCAAAAAAUUUAAUUGAUGCUGGUGCUGAUGCAUUACGUGUUGGUAUGGGUAGUGGAUCAAUUUGUAUUACACAAGAAGUUAUGGCUGUUGGACGUGCACAAGCAACUGCUGUUUAUAAAGUAAGUGAAUAUGCAGGUCGAUAUGAUAUACCUGUUAUUGCUGAUGGAGGUAUAUCAUGUGUUGGACAUAUUGUUAAAGCCUUAACAUUAGGUGCUAAUUGUGUUAUGAUGGGAUCAUUAUUAGCUGGUACACAUGAAGCACCAGGAGAUUAUUAUUAUCAAGAUGGUGUUAGACUUAAAAAAUAUCGUGGUAUGGGUAGUCUUGAUGCAAUGACAGCAUGUCAAGAAUUAUCAGCUGCAAGUCGAUAUUAUUCCGAAACAGAUCAUGUUAAAGUAGCUCAAGGUGUAUCAGGUAGUGUGGUUGACAAGGGUAGUGUUCAUCGAUUUAUUGGUGGUUAUCUUUAUACUGGUAUACAAAAAUCUCUUCAAGAUAUUGGUUGUCAAUCACUUGAACAAUUACAUCAAGAAUCAAAUCAAGGAAUAAUUAAAGUUGAAAAACGUACAACAGCAGCACAAAUUGAAGGUGGUGUACAUAAUUUACAUUCAUUUGAAAAACGACUUUUUUAA